AACGAGCAGGAGACGUUCACUGAUAGUGGUCUAGUUCAGCAGGGGGCGCUACAGCACCAUGUUCAAGCUCCGCCUGUGUCUCCUAUCACGUCCUCAUACCCGGUUUAAAUCAUUGCGAACUCGCGCUUCUUCUUCAUUUGGAAUCAAACCAACUUGGUAACAUGAGCGGAAGAGGAAAGGGAGGAAAAGGACUCGGCAAAGGAGGCGCCAAGCGUCACCGUAAAGUCCUCCGUGAUAACAUCCAGGGAAUCACCAAGCCCGCUAUCCGCCGUCUGGCUCGCCGCGGUGGAGUGAAGCGCAUCUCCGGUCUGAUCUACGAGGAGACCCGCGGUGUGCUGAAGGUCUUCCUGGAGAACGUGAUCCGCGAUGCCGUCACCUACACCGAGCACGCCAAGAGGAAGACGGUGACCGCCAUGGAUGUGGUCUAUGCUCUGAAGAGACAGGGACGCACCCUGUACGGCUUCGGAGGAUAAACACCGACUUCUGUUACCAAAACCCAAAUGGUCCUUUUAAGGGCCACGCACUCUCUCUGGAGAGCUGAUGUCCUCAUCACGUCUAUAUGAUUGUAUUAAUUAUAACACAUGAGUGUUCAGCUUAACAAAAAUGAUCCUUAAUGUCACUAAUAUAGUGAUAACCAGGACAAAGCAUAAUGGGGUAAACAAUUUUUCUAUUUGUAAAUAGCUCUUUAUCAUUCAUCUGUCUCUUUGCCCCAGAGUCCAGGAGAACAAUUCAUUAAAAAAAAAGCACUAUCUUCUUUUUGUUGUGAC